AUGCAUGGAGGGCUUUCUCCUGAUUUGAACAACUUGAACCAGAUAAGAAUGAUACAAAGGCCUACUGAUGUACCAGAACAUGGCUUGUUGUGUGAUCUUCUAUGGUCUGAUCCUAGCAAAGACAUUCAAGGUUGGGGCCAAAAUGAAAGGGGUGUUUCUUUCACAUUUGGUGCUGAUAGAGUUGUGGAAGAUGAGUUCUUUGCUAACCGAAAACUUGUGACGCUAUUAUCAGCGCCUAACUACUGUGGCGAGUUUGACAAUGCUGGUGCCAUGAUGAGUGUUGAUGAGAGCUUAAUGUGUUCUUUCCAGAUUUUAAAACCAGUUGAUAAGAAGCCAAAGUUUGGAUUUGGCAGUGCUGCAGCUACUACUAGGCCAGGUCCUCCCAGUAAAGUGAAGGAACUAACAAUUGUCUUUACAGAGAGCUUUUUGCCUAAUGAUGAUAUUAAAAAUGUACUUUGUUACAUUGUAUUUGUCACUCUGAUAGAAAUUGAUCAUAAUGCACAGUUACAUUGUAUUUAUUAUUAG